GCGUGUAUUUAAAAUGAACCAAUCAGAACGCAAGCUUAUUUUCCCUCCUUUUUUUGUCUCUUUUUUUUUAUUUUUCUAUCUCUGUUUUUAAAGCACAAGGAACACAAGGGAAAUCUUGGAAUUGCUGAAGAGAACAGGAGAAGAUUUUAAGCUGGACAACUCGAUCAUUUGCGUUGCUAAGCUUGACGUGGUCACAUCGUCACCUCUUCAAAUAAAUUAAAUUAAAAUCUGUGUUUAAUUAAAAAUUAAAAACAAAUAAUUUAAUAAACAAUAUUAACAAUAUAUUAAUUGUUUAUUCACUAGUUGAUCUAGUGAUAAUUAAUUGCGUCUAGUUUUUUGUUGUAAAAACUAAAAAAAAAAAAAAAUCAAGAUGGGUGAAUGGGACGAUCCACCAACAACUACACCUGCAUUUGCAAGUAAUGGUAAAUCAGGCAGAGGACGUGGUUUUAGACCAGCUAGUGCUUCCAGUGGUGGAGGAAAUGAUGAAUGGGGAAACAAUAGUUCAUCAAACAACAACAGCGGUGGAGGUGGUGGUGAUGAUUGGGGUAAUGGUUCCUCAAACAAAGCUGCAAGUAGUAACAAUGAUGAAUGGGGUAAUGGUUCCUCAACCAAAGCUGCAAGUAGUAACAACAAUGAUGAAUGGGGUAAUGGUUCCUCAAGCAAUGCUGGUGGUGGCAAUGAUACUUGGGGUUCAAGUAAUGAUAACAAUGGUGAUGGUGAUGAUCGUGGUGGACGCGGUGGUCGUGGUGGCAGAGGAGGUAGAGGUGGUGGACGUGGUCGAGGUGGUGAUCGUGGUGGACGCGGUGGUGGACGUGGUGGUGGUCGUGGAGGUGGCAGAAGUAGAAGUGCAAAUCGUGAUGAUAAUGAUCGUGAUGAUUCAAGUCAAUGCAGUGGUGGUAAAAGACGUCGUAAUAAUGAUGAUACUGAAGCUGGUAUGGAUGAUAUGAAUGAUGCUAAUGAAGAAAAAAAAGCACCAGUAACAUAUGUACCAGUUGAAAGAGAUGAAGAAGAUCUUUAUAAAGAUUCAGUAUCUGCUGGUAUUAAUUUUAAUGCAUAUAAUGAUAUUAAAGUUAUUGUUACUGGUGAUGAUCCACCACCAAAAGUUGAAACAUUUGAAGACAUGAAACUUCGUAAUAUAUUGUUGGAUAAUAUUAAACAACUUGGAUAUAAAAGUCCAACACCAAUUCAAAAAUAUGCUGUUCCAAUGGCUAUGGCUGGAAGAGAUGUCAUGGCUUGUGCUCAAACUGGAUCUGGUAAAACAGCUGCCUACUUGUUGCCAAUAAUUCAGGAACUUUUGACAAAUCCACAACAAAAAGAAAUAACAGAAAGUGGAUGUUCACCACAAGUUGUUAUCAUGGCACCAACACGUGAAUUAUGUAUUCAAAUUUAUGAUUGUGCUCGUGGUUUUGUACGUGGUACUGUACUUAAAUGUUGUGCUGUUUAUGGUGGUACUGAAGUUAGAAGUAAUGUUAGUCGUUUGAAAGGUGGUGUUGAAAUUGUUGUUGCAACACCAGGUCGUUUAGCUGGUUUUCUUGAAAGAGGAACAAUAACAUUUUCAUCAAUUCGUUUUAUGGUACUUGAUGAAGCUGAUCGUAUGCUUGAUGAAGGAUUUUUAUCAUCAAUGAAAGCAAUAUUGCAACAUUCAACAAUGACACCAGUUGAAUCACGUCAUACAAUGUUAUUUUCAGCAACAUUUACUGCUGAAGUACAAGAACUUGCAUCACAAUUUAUGCAGCCAAGUUAUUUAUUUAUUGUUGUUGGUAUUGUUGGUGGUGUUUGUAUGGAUGUUGAACAACUAUUUUAUGAAGUACCAUUUAAAGAAAAACGUGGUAAAUUAUUUGAAUUAUUAGAAAGUGAACAUGCUGAUGGUUGUGAUAGUGGUGCAAAAACAAUUGUAUUUGUUGAAAAAAAGAAAACAGCUGAUUUUAUUGCUGGUUAUUGUUCAGAAAAAAAUUUACCAUCAACAUCAAUUCAUGGUGAUCGUGAACAAAGAGAACGUGAAGCUGCAAUUAAUGAUUUUCGUUCUGGUAAAAGACCAAUAUUAGUUGCUACAUCAGUUGCUGCACGUGGUUUAGAUAUCAAAGGUGUAACACAUGUUAUUAAUUAUGAUUUACCAAAAGAAGUUAGUGAAUAUGUACAUCGUAUUGGUAGAACUGGACGUGUUGGUAACAAAGGAAAAGCAACAAGUUUCUUUGAUCCAAGAGACAAUGACGCUCUUCGUGGACCAUUGUGUAGUUUAUUGAAACAAGCAGAUAUACCAAUUCCCGAAUGUCUUGGUGAUGGAGCAGGUGAUGGUGGAUUUGAUGCUGGUGGUGAUUUUGGUGGUCAUGAUAUCAGAAACACCAAUACAAACACUGGAGGUAACGAAGCUGACGAAGGCUGGUAAAUGUUGUCUAACAAAAUUAGCAACAUGUUCAUGAUAAUUUAUUGCCAAAAAAAAAUAACCAUGACGUGCCAUAAAGUCUCAGGGUCUUUUUCGUAUUGAUAUUAUUGUGUUGACCACUAUUAUUACUAAUAUUACUAUAUUACUAUUUCUAUUAACAUAAGUGACGCGUUAAAAAAAAAAAAAGAAAACUAAAAAUGUAUUAAGC